AUGAAAGCGCCCCGUGCAAAUGCCCUGGGAGAGGAGGCCAUCAAAGGGGCUCGGCAAGCGGCGGAAAACUUGACGGAGGAGAGGCGGCAGGCGGGAGGCGGAGCGCAGGUCAGCGGUGGCUUGUCCAGCGCUACAGCUACCGGCAGCUCUGGCGAGCAGCGGCGGCAGCAGCGCGGCUGGCCGCUUGGAUUGCGGCCAGCUGGUGCUUCGGUGGCGCUGCAUUCGUGGCUGCUUCCCAGGCGUGGAGGGCAGAAGAAGCUCAAUGCGGUCGGAGCAGGACGUCGACAGUCUGGCGGUGCUGGAUGGUGCUGCUGGCUGUUGCUGCUUGUGGUGCUGGUGGCCGAGCAGCUGGUGCGGCGUGGAUUUCCUGGAGCUGGUUCUCCUUGGUGCGCGCUGGAGCUCGGCGGUGGUGGAGGGCAAAGAGUCACCGUCACCAGGACGUCCGACAUCUGGCGGUGGGUUUGCUGGUGGGUGCUGGUGGCUUUGUGCUGGCUGGUCCGGUGCUGGUGCGGGCUGCCAGGUAGUUUCCGUACUGCUGGUGGUGCCGGUGGUUUCCGUGCUGCUGGUGGAUCCGGUGGUUUCGGACGCGGUGGCAGCAGCUUCAGCAGCGGUAGCAGCUUCCGUAGCGGCGGCGGCGCUGGCAGCGGUGGCUUCAGGUCUUCCGGUAUCAAGAGUGGUGGAUCAUUUGUCAGCCUGCCAACUUUUGGUGGCGACAACACCGUCGACAUCAACAACUUCGCCAACAUCGAUGCCAGCGCCUUCGGUUUCGACAACUUCGGCAACCUCUACAUCAACGUCGAGGCUUUUGACUUCAACGGAUGGAGGAACACCGCGCACUCCGCCGCUCCCCGUGAGGCCCUGAACGCCGCCCAGACCGAGCAGAUCGUCAUCGGACGUAGAUUCCGUAACGGCUACGCCCGUCAGACGGAGACCAGCGGCGCCUCCAGGGAGGGAAGCGGAAGCGGAACCUCCGGCAUCGAGUUGUCUGCCACCCGCACCGCCAGCCAGGACGCCACCCAGCAGUUCACGCAGACGGCUAGCGGAGACGGCAGCACCGAGCAGGGAGCCGGAUACGGAUUCGAGAAGAACAACAACGGAGCGAUCCGCUUCGUUCCCGUCGCCGUGGAUUCCCUGCCGGUCCACUCCGGACCCCGCAAUCAGCUGCCAGCCAGCGCCCGCCGUGUUUAAACAUGGAUGCCUAAACGACACCCUCGUAGCUGAUCCACGGUACUCCACAGCUCCGUGCAGCAGCUGCGGCGUGUAUUUCAACGAGCAAACAGCUUAGACUGAACCGUACAUAAACGAGGGCACCAUAUUAUUUUCGGUUUAGGGCGAAGUACCUCUUUUUAGAGAAAUUUAGGCUCAAAAUCCCGAAAUUGUUAUGAGAACCUUAAAGUAAGAUUUUAACCGGGCUAAGCGAACGCCCGAGUAUAUUACGAACAACUGACGAACUUUCAACUACUCGUGUUAAGCAAUUGUGACCAUGAGAGACCAUCAUAUUGUAAAUACUAACUUUUGUAGUAAUAAAUAUUUGAAAUUGCAUUAAAAA